UCCAGCCCCGCGUUGCUCCACGAGAAAUCAGGCUGAGCCCGGGAGGGUGCGAUGGCCACUGUGGUGGCCAAGCGGGAAGGGCCGCCGCUCAUCAGCGAGGCCGCUGUGCGGGGCAACGCGGCUGUCCUGGAUUACUGCCGGACCUCGGUGUCGGCUCUGUCGGGGGCCACGGCCGGCAUCCUCGGCCUCACCGGCCUCUACGGCUUCAUCUUCUACCUGCUCGCCUCCAUCUUGCUCUCCCUGCUUUUAAUUCUCAAGGCGGAAAGGAGGUGGAACAAAUAUUUUAAGUCGCGAAGACCUCUCUUUAUAGGGGGCCUCAUCGGAGGCCUCUUCACCUACGUCCUGUUCUGGACAUUUCUCUACGGCAUGGUGCACGUCUACUGAAACGGGGGCAGGGAUGACAUUUUUUAAAAAAAA